CGUGGCCAGCAGCCAUGAGGGGCGACGGUGCCAGGAUGAGCUACUCGCUGGCUGACGUCGUGGCCGCGCUGCGCCUCAGGGAACCACCAAGUGACCAGGACAUAGAGAAUCGCUUCACUGCAAUCUCUAUUGCGUUCAAAACAGACAAGCUCACGCUUGAGGAACGCGUCGCUCUGCAGAAGCGCUGGAGGGACCAGGCGGAGCUCAACAUGAUCCAAGAGGAAAACAACCUGCGUGCCGCCAUCCAGAAUCUGUCCCACUUAUGUAAGGAUUCCACAUCAAUCGAAAUAGUAACAAAAGUGAAAGAGCAAGUCGACAUUUUGAGGAUGGCCGUGGACUGGGUGGCGAGGUCUUCAGAGAGUCUCGGCGCCAUACAACAGGAGAGCCGAGUGUCCAAGGCUGUGGAGGUGAUGCUGCAGUAUGUCGAAAACCUCAAGAGGAUCCAGGGGAAGCAAGACGAAGAAGGCAAGAAGCGAUCGAAGAACCAAAGUGAUGACUUAACGGACGCCGAGGAGACUGUGGCACGGACAGUCCGGUUGAGGUCCCUGCAAGCCCUACCUGGAAUGGUCAAGACUGGAUCGAAGCGAAGGGCUAGCAUAGCGGCGAUUCCUCGAGCAGCUGCUAACUACAUAGAACCUUCCAGGGCGUCCAUCAGCAUUUCUCCUUUGUAUAUGGACGGCGGCAGCGCCAGCCCCAGGCUGCUGUCUCGCUCCGGUUCUUUCCCGAGACGCACCUCGCUGACCCCGUCUGCGGCUCCGAGUAGUCCCUCCACCACCAGCUGGGGCUCAUCCGAAAACCUCGACACAUUUGAGAAUACAACCAAUACCUUUAUGGACAACAUACAGGAAAUUAGUGAAUCAAGACGAGAAAGUUGCAGCAGUAGACUCGAGCUAGAGAAUGUGGAGCCAGAAGGAAAUAAUAAUUAUGGUCUGAAGCAUCCUUGCUGUGAUGAUGCUGAUGGGACCACUACACCUGAUGCAGAACCAAUUAAAAAUGUGUCUGUUCUCAAGCAGAUGUAUUUAAACUAUGACAAAUAUAUGAAUGCCGUUGAAGCCGCCAGAUACGCCGUGAUGGAUUACCUGGACACAGACAACAUGAUGUUCGUGGCUCGCAGAAUAUUAGCGUCUCUGCUGGUACUUGCUGCAGUGUACUACUUGAUAGCCAUGUUCUUUGAGCCUGCAGAAGCUGUUCGCACGGCACAAAGUCAGUGCACUUCCUCGUGUUCAGCAGAUAAGCUGGACGAUUUAUGCUAGUAAAGCGGCGAGCACAUCUACCCGAAUACUCACUGAGUUUAAUGACAUGAUGCAUCAAUGCUGGAACCUACCUUUGGUCAUCGUGUUACCAUUAGAAAGAGAACAACAAUGUCACUGGAACAGAAAUAACCAGUCUGCAGAACCUUGGCAUAUUUUGUGUGUGUAAAUAUUAUAUGUAUCAAAAUAACUGUGUUUAAUUCUUUCUUCAAAGUGACAUUAAAGGAAAUUUUACCUUACAA